AUGCUGAGAGAUGAAUUUCCUUUCCUUUCAAGCCUUCUCUCUGAACACAACUUCAAUCCAGAGGGAACUAAUGACUUUUCCCUUGAAGAGGCUUUCUCUUCCAAGGGCCUUUUUUACAAUUUUCACCAUCUUGGCUAUGGCCACCCCACCAAUAUCAUUCCCCCCUAUCUUGAUCUUGAUCAUUUUACCACUGAAGGCUCCUCGCAGAAUCCGUUUUCUGGAAUUUCAGGAACAUGCAUUGACCUGGCUCGCCUUGAUUCCUUGGCAAGUGGCUUCUCUAGUCAUGAUCUCAAUGCUUAUACACCCACAGUAGUACCUUUGUUGCCUGCAGGUUGUGGAGAUAGGCUAUUGCAUGGCUUGCAAAGAGGACCAGUUCGGGAUCAUGAUUAUCAGAAAAUAUCCGGAGCUCGCUCCUUGAAUCAAAAGGAGAUGAAGGAGCAACGCGGGUUUGAAGAAAUCGGACGGACGAGGACAGCUAACAAUGGGGUAUCCACAGAUGAGGUCUCAUGUGGGAGUACUGAAGAUUCUAAGCAUCACAAGCAAGUUAAUCAUCAUAGGAAGGCCAAGAAGUUGCUACUGGGAAAAGACUCCAAGGUUCAUAAGAAAUCUCAAGUUAUCAAAGGCCAAUGGACUCCUCAAGAAGACAGACUAUUAGUGCAAUCGGUGAAGCAGUAUGGAAUAAAGAAAUGGUCUCAAAUUGCAAAGAUGCUGGAGGGCAGAGUAGGGAAGCAGUGUAGAGAGAGAUGGCAUAACCAUUUGAGGCCAGACAUCAAGAAAGAUGCAUGGAGUGAGGAGGAGGAUGAGCUACUAAUCAAGGCCCACAAAGAGAUUGGAAAUAGAUGGGCCGAGAUUGCCAAGAGAUUACCUGGAAGGACAGAGAACACCAUAAAGAAUCACUGGAAUGCGACCAAGAGAAGGCAAUUUUCAAGGCGUGAAUCUGGAAAGGACAUGGAUUCUAAAAGCACCCUCUUGCAAAGCUACAUUAUGAUGGUGACUUCAUCCUCAUCUACUCAAGAAAAUAACGAGGAAGAGAAAACUGAGGACGUUAACUCCAAUUCACCUAACCAAAACGAGAGCCCAGGUUCAUCCAACACAGAUUUGGAAAUCCCAGAUGGACAUGACCAUAACAACGAUGCAUCCAGGUUAUCUUUUGACACAAACUUGUUUCAUGAUAGUUACGGGUUUAUGUCCUUCCUGCAAGAGAUGCCUUGCAGCUACGUGGUUGAUGAGAGCAAUAUGGAGUUUGAGAUAUCGGGAUUGGAUAGUUUGAUGAAGGGUGCUGAGGUGAAGAAGGAGAUGGAUUUGCUAGAGAUGAUCACCCAAGGAAUUAGUCACUAA